UCUGGCCUACAUGCUGCAGAUGUCAGAGGAGGUUCUGGAUGAGUUGGACCUGCAGAAGUACAACACAUCAGAUGAUGGACGACAGAGACUGAUCCCAGCUGUGAGGAACUGCAGAAAGGCUCUACUUUCUGGUUGUCGACUCUCAGAGACUCACUGUGAAGUUGUGGCCUCAGCUCUGAAGUCCAACCCCUCCCAUCUGAGAGAGCUUGACCUGAGUGGAAACCUCCUGAAGGAUGGUCUGACUGGUUCAAGAUUUGAGCUUCUAUCUGCUGGACUGGAGAGUCCAAACUGUAGACUGGAGACUCUGAGAUUGUGGCUCUGCAGGUUGUCAGAGACCAGCUGUGCUUCUCUGGUCUCGGCUCUGAAGUCCAACCCCUCCCAUCUAAGACAUCUGGAUGUAAGAGGAAACGACCUGAAAGUCUCAGGAUUAAAACUACUGUGUGAUUUUCUGGAGAGUCCAGACUGUAGACUGGAGACUCUGAGAUUGAGUUCCUGCAGGUUGUCAGAGACCAGUUGUGCUUCUCUGGUCUCAGCUCUGAAGUCCAACCCCUCCCAUCUGAGAGAGCUGUAUCUGGGAGGAAACGACAUGUGUGACGUGAAGCAGCUGUGUGAUUUUCUGGAGAGUCCACACUGUAGACUGGAGUCUCUGGAAUUGAGUGGCUGCAGUUUGUCAGAGAUCAGCUGUGCUUCUCUGGUCUCAGCUCUGAAGUCCAACCCCUCAUCCCAUCUGAGAUAUCUUGAUCUAAGAGGAAAUAACCUGAAGGACUCGGACAUGAAACAGCUGUCUGAUCUUAAGGAGAGUCCACACUGUAGACUGGAGACUCUGAGAUUGACUGACUGCAGUUUGUCAGAGAUCAGCUGUGCUUCUCUGGUCUCGCCUCUGAAGUCCAACCUCUCCCAUCUGAGAGAGCUGUAUCUGUCUGGAGGAAAGUUUCAGGAAUCAGACGUGAAGCUACUGUGUGAUUUUCUGGAGAGUCCAGACUGUAGGCUGGAGACUCUGAGAUUGAGGUCCUGCAGGUUGUCAGAGAUCAGCUUUGCUUCUCUGGUCUCAGCUCUGAAGUCCAACCCCUCCCAUCUGAGACAUCUGGAUCUGUCUCACAACAACGUGUGUGACGUGAUGAAGCAGCUGUGUGAUUUUCUGGAGAGUCCACACUGUAGACUGGAGUAUCUGAGUUUUUAACCUGCAUCCUGUUG